UAUAUGAUCUUACACUUGUUUUUGAUAUAUUGUACCCUCUAUAAUUUUCUUGUUCUGUAUUUGUUUAGUGCCUAAUUGAUAGAGAAUUUGAGCUAAAAUUUGUUUUUUGAGAAAUGGGUUUCUGUUAUAUCUUGUUGGAUAUUCGUUGAUUGAUUGACUAAUUGAGGUGUACUGUACACUUGUUUUUUUGUGGUAAUUUAGGUUUUCUCGAGGUCAAAUAGAAUUUUGGUUUUUUCUUUUUGUUCCUCUUUCAGUUUUACAGGCUAUAGAUUUGCAUUGAUAGGGAAAAUCAAGAAUGUAAUCUAAAUAGGUUAGUACUAAUUUAGAAUCAGUAAAGGGUUCAUGCCGGUAGCAUUAGUAUUAGUCUCGUAUUUUUGUAUCUUCUUAUCUGCAAAUUUCUUUUACAAUAUGUUGUUUCUUUCGCUUUGGUAAUUCUAUCAUCUUAUCUUGUUGUUGUUACUGCUUCUUUUUCAUUUUUUGUUGAGCCGGGUGUCUUAUCAAAAACAGCCUCUCUGUCUUCAUAGAGUAGAGUUAAGGUGUGCAUACACUCUACCCUCCCCAGACCCCACUUUGUGGGAUCACACUGAGUUGUUGUUGUUGGUUCUUUUGUACUUGUAUUGUCUUUGUUUUUUUAAAUAAGGUAAAGCUUAUUAUUACUGAAAAAGAGAAAACCUUGAAUUUAAGGUGUAAACAAAGUAGAAAGAUGUCUUUUUAGGUUACUUUACUCUCAGCUAGUUUUCUUUCCAGAACAAUUCUAAGUGGAUUCUUGCAAAAAUUGGAAUAAUAGAAUUAGCUGUGCUGAAUCGAUGACCUUGUUAUGUAACACCUGCAGUUUCUUCUCUCUGCAUAUUUAAGGAAAUAUUUCCAAAUUUGACCGAAUGGAGUAUGAAUUAUGGAUGUUAAAAUGAUGGUUACCUACUUUGUUCUGCAGGUUGUGCAAAUAAUAGUAUUUUAUCAAACCUCAAAUCAGCUUGUCAGUAUUCGGUGGACAUGAUCUAUGUUCAAUGAUGAUGAACCGUUGGCCUUCAAAAAAAUGCAUGAAUUUUCCACGGUGGACGGCUUUGUAGAGAUAACUGAAUCCUUGGCAGACAUGAUAAAGUUCAUUGCAAACGAGCCUGCUGUGGGGCUUUUCUACAUUCAACAGCAUACCCAGAAAGCAGCGCCCAACCUUGUAAAUCUCAAAAACAAUACUGAGGAGAAAUCCCGUGAAAUGACUCUGCACACAGAAGACUUAGAGGAUUCCAUCAUCGUGAUUGGGUCAAUGAAAGAGUGUGGCCUUCCGACUGCUAACGAGAUGAUUAAAGAUCUCAAACAUACUCUAGCUGUCAUUUCAAAGAAGCAACCAAAAAAAGGAUUAAUUAGCGGACCCCGUUCAAGUUUCCCAGUAGGUAUUACUACCUCUUGGAGUCCUGCUACUUGGGGUCGCAAUACAGGUUCAGAAGACGAUGAUGAGAGGGCUGCCGGUUAUCUUUCAACUGUUUUCAGGUCAGCAAAACAGAAGGCAAGUAAUUUCAAGUGGCCUCAGUUAGAGUCCGGAGAAUCUCGACCAGCCAAGAGCGAACCAUCUUUAUCGGACAGGGAUGAGCCAUCUGUAACACAUACAAAUGACACGCUAUUAGCUGCAGAUGCAAGCUCUUCUUCCUCAGUUGGACGGGCCAAUAGUGAAGACUUAAGAUUGUCAAGUCAAACUGCUGAUGAGAUACAACAAGAACAGGUAAACAAAAGCAUGUCUCAUGAUCAACUGCUGUCUUUAUCUGAAAACUUUGAAGAAUUUAAAGCUGAUAAAGAGGCGAAAUUAGAAGAGUGGUUGGGAGAAUAAGGAAUGGUGAAGUCCUUUAGCUUGAUAAAUCUCUGAACCUCAACGAUACUAUUCUUAUGAACGACACUUCUCUUGUAUUAUGAUUCAUACACUUCAUACUAGAUGAAUAAAUGUAGAGGAGUUUAUAGCAGACAGGAAACAGAAAAAAUAGAGUCUUGAAUGUAUGACCAUUCAAGUUGUGUUUGUACAUUGAGGAAUGUAUUGUUUGUAAGCUUAAACUGCUAUUAGUUGAUUCCCAUGGUUGUGAUCUACAAGCAGCUUAUGCCAUUUUUUAGGGCCUCCCCCAUGAA